ACUUCACAUAGAUAAACUUCCUGCAUAAAGUGGGCACCUCCUUAAUAGUUCUUCAGCUGAGUCCACCUGAGCAUACACUAUCAGAACUUUUAAACAACAACUUCAACAAACCACAUUUCACUUCAGGUGAAGAUCACAACUUUUUCAAGAAUGUCCAACAAGGUCAUAUCAACUGACAACUCUACAGUUGUUAUCCGAAUAAAUCCACAGGUGGAGAGUGUUGUUAUUUCUGAUGAUGGACAAGAAGAAAAAGGACCAUAUCACAAUACAGUUUUUAAAGGAUUCCUUAAAAUACAACCAAAGCCACUGGGGAUUGUACAGAUAAUGAUUGGAGUAACAAUCUUCUUAUAUGGCAUUGUACUCAACGAUAGCUAUCUUGAUAGAAUUUCUGUCUACAGUGUCAUAACCCGCUGGACAUCCCUCACUUACAUCACUGCUGGUUCUCUGUCUGUUGCAGCAGAAAAUAAACUUCAUUUGUGUCUGGUGAAAGCCUCUCUUGGAAUGAAUGUGCUCAGUGCCAUAACUGCUGGGAUAAACAUAAUUCUGAUCUCAAUAGAUAUAACAGUACUGUCUUCAACUGGGCAGCAUUGUGUCUACAAUGAAAGUGAUGCAAAUGACUAUGACAUGCCUAUCUGUUUACAUUUUGAGACUCUCAAUCAUGCGGUCAUCGGAACAUUUUUGGUCUUCUCCAUCCUUCUGCUCAUCAUCUCUGUCUGUAUCUCAGCAUUUGCCUACAAAGCCACCUGCGGCAGUGACUCCAAUGAGGACAGUGUUUCACUAAAUCAGCAAGUAAAUUAUUUAGUAGGUGGUGUAAUUGCUAAAACCAUGGUGACUAUUUUAUUCCAACAAGCAAUAUUAUUUUAACUAAGGAAUAGUUCACCCAAAAAUGAAAAUGUGAUCAUUUACUCACCCUCAGGCCAUCCAAGAUGUAUCUGAGUUUCUUUCUUCAUCAAAAUAUUUAGG